UGGCUACAACCAACCUUAAUUAAAUGUUUCUUGUUAAAUUCAGUUUUGCUAUGAGCAACUGUUUAGUUCACAUAAUUGGUUUUUUUAUAUUAAAAUAAACCUUAAUUAUACGCUAACUCAAGUAAACGUUAAAGUCAAUUUAAUAAUAUUUAUAAAUGAUGUUAACAUCAGAUGCAAAGCCUGAUCCACCACGGACAAGAAUAAAUGAUACUCAUUCUAUAUUGAAGACAUAUUUGGACGUUAAAUACAUUCCAAAAAAUACACAAGAAAUGAACUCUCACAUCAGUUUCAUUAAUGAUGCAUCAUUUACGGAAACACAAAAAAAUUCUAUACCACGAAGAAAAAUUCCUUCCUUGAAAAUUGGAAAUUCUGCAUCAACUGCAAGUGAAGACAGUAUUCAAAUCAUAAAUCAAUCUAAAGAUUCCAAGUACCAUAGCAAUUCAAUGAAUUUCAAUAUAGUAAAUUGUAACGGAGUGAAAAUUGGCACUACAAAAAAAUAUAUUUGUUAUUUCAAUCAAUUCAAUAAAAACUUUAGGAAUAUCAAUGAUAAAAGUGGAGUACUGAGAACCAAUGAUCCCAGACAAAUGCCUAAUAUAAUAAAAAAAUGGAGUACUUCAAAACAUAAACUAACAAUAGAAGAUAUGUAUGUUAUUAAAACUCAUAUUGGCUAUAGUUGGCGAGAAAUUUUUUCAGCAUUAGGGUAUUCGGAAGGUCAAUUGGAUCAAUUUACAGAAAAUUAUAAAUCAAGAGGCAUAGGCGAAGUAAGUAAUUUAUCAAAUACUCCUUGAUUGGAAAUAUGCGAACGGCAGAACAGCCGGACUUGGUACUAUCAUCAAAAUGUUGUGGAGACACGAAGAAUACGAUUGUGUAGAGCGAUUAGUUCACAAUAAAUUACAAGAAAAAUAAUUCUAAAAAUGUUAUUAUGAAUGUAUAAUUUUUAGAAAAUUGUUGUGGGAAUUCUUUAAGUCAAAAAAGUGAAAUGUGUAUCUUAACAAUAAAAAUAUAUGAAAUCAAGAUAAUAAUUUUCUCAGGUAUUAUCGAGAAAUAAAUAUAUGUAAUGUAAAAAAACAUACUGCAGACUAUCUUUUCAUUAUCGUACACUGUCGUACUUUAUUUAUUAAGAGGCUAUUGUAGACUUUAAUUUUAUUGGCUGAGCUUUUCUGGUAUUUUGCAGUAUAUCAAUAGAAACAAUGUGCGGUUCAAGAAUCAGAAAUGUAUACAAUAUUGUAUUAUUAUAUCAAUAUUAAUUUACAUCAAUACAAUCCAGUAAAAAUAAAAUGUAAUGUAAUAUAAAAAAGAA